AUGCCGAGCUCUAACGACUACGACGUGAGGCCAUUCCCUCAUCGAAUGAAUUGGCUAUGGCUGGGGAUGCAGAGUGAUCAAAAGAGGCACUAUAAAUCAUUGGAGCAACCAGAGGUAUGUGGAGCGGACCCAAGACCGGAUCAGGCCGACACUGUCGCAUUCUGGCGUGGCCUGUGGUCAGAGUCCGUAAAUCACAGCGAGGACCCUUGGAUGGAAGUUGUGGCGAGUCAGGAUGCGAGUGUUACGCCUGUGGAACCCGUCACCAUAACGCCGUAA